GGAAUGCACGGAGGCGCAGACAACUCGACGAGCUGUUCACGGAUCCUAUCAGGAACAUGCCACUACCUGCCACGCCCGGCGUUUCCAAGGUCGAGUCCCUCGAUACUGCUGGGGAGCAGUCGCAGUCUCAGUCGCAGUCUCAGCAGCCCCCCGCCCAACCGCCUCAGCCUCAGCAGCUAGCCUCUUCGAGACCUCCGCAUGCCCAACGCACGACGCCGCCGAUUUACGUCAACCAAACGCAGACUCGCAGUCGCAAUGGGAGUAUCUACGUCGAGCCUCAGCCCGUGUCUGCCUCGACACUGCCUCGAACGGUCUACUCCUCUUCCUCCGCCUCAUCUUCGAGCUCGAUUAUGGCCCCUGCUCUAGUUCUACCGCAUCGGCCGAAGGCCAUCUCGCGCGCUAGCGAAGCCGCCGAGGCGUUCGAAGCGGAGAAACAACGACGGAAGCUGGAGGCAGCCCGCAAUACCGAAGGUCAGGCUGCAGCUUCUGCGCAAGCCGCGCCAGCCCUGAAGGAAUCGACAAAUGCGUAUGAUGGGGGCUUGAUGCGGAGGGUAUCUCUCGAACGAAGACCAAGUGACCGUAAACCAGCCAUCGACGGUGGUAGUCUGAGAUCUAGGAGAGUGAUCUCUCCGAUGGAGUCGUGAUUUUCAGGUAUGAUGCAUUGUAAUGAUUCAAUCAUGCGCGUGUUCGUCUUUGAGCUGUGCUCGUUGUUUUGUUGUUUAUUUACUCAUUUGACUUUCCAUGACAUCCAUCAUCACGGUUCAACAUAACGUUUGUGCUUUAGGACGCUAUGUGUGCUCGGUUUAACAAUAAAUCUUGGCAUAUUCACUGUACGAUACUUGAAUCUAUAUCAUACCCCUCCUAUCAUUUGUACGAACCUCAUGACUUGCAUGCAUAUUAUCUAGGGUUGUGAACGAGUC